AUGUCAAAAUCAGCUCCACUUUACUCGGAUACCGAUGCAAACACGACAGUCAUCAUCAGCAAGAGGGGACCUAUUUCGAAAACAUUGAAAACACAAUCAGCUGUGAAUGCGGCUCUUCGCUCAGGUGGACCCGUCGAUACACAAAAGAAAAUGAUGUCCGGCGGGAAUCGACAACAUACCUCCAAUAAGAAUACGGCUCGCCUCGAUGAGGAAACAGAAGAACUUCAUCACGAGAAAGUGUCGCUCUCGCUUGGAAAGGUGAUGCAGCAAGCUCGAGCUACGAAAGAGUGGACACAGAAGGAUCUCGCAACAAAAUGCAAUGAGAAACCACAGGUUGUUGCUGAAUACGAGAAUGGAAAAGCCGUUCCAAAUCAGCAGAUUUUGGCUAAAAUGGAGCGUGCACUUGGGGUGAAACUUCGUGGAAAGGACAUUGGCCAACCUCUCGCCUUAGGGCCUGCCAAAAAA